UAAAGGCUAAUUCAGUACAAAAAUGACACCUUAACCCCACAAUAACAACCGGGCAAAAAAGAUAAACCCUGGUUUUGAUGUGGAAGUUCUUCCAAUCUGGACAAAGAUCGAACCCGUUGCAGUCAGAGUCGAACCAAACUGUGACAAGGGAAUGGGGUUUGAUUUGAAAAUCUGAACCUCCAAAGUGGGACCCUGUCCUGCCUUUUCUAGCCGGCUACGAGCCCAUCGCCCAUUGAUUGAUUGUCUAGUCUCGUGUUUAAGGUAUGAAUUAGACGAACCACCUGAAACGUACCUCCUCUAGAAAAGAGGAAAUUAAAGAUUCUUGCUGGCGGAGCGACGAUUCAUUUGCCUGUGACAGAUUUCAAUACCUUUUUCUUCUUGGAAUAAGAUAAACACCACGCCACCGUUUCCUUCUUCUUUCAUUUUCAGCCCGAAUGCGACGCUCCUUUGCUCAUCAAUGGCGAGCCCUGUGACAGAGAGCAACGAGCAAUCAUGGAGUUCGAGUGGGUGGCCGCUUGGGCUGCAAAUCAUGAAUUUAAGACUUCGGGUGAUGGAGAUCAGCAGAAACCAGACCAGCCGUCGUCUUCCGCCGUCGUCCAGUUUCUCCUCUUUCUCUUCCUCAAAUCUGGACACCGAGUCCACGGCCUCUUUCUUCCAAGACAACAGCGUGUCGUUGGGGAGGCUAAUUGGGUUUCGGCCAGCUGCCCAGAGAAGGAACGGCGUCGCGGCGGCGGCGGCGACGGAGGGUAAUGGGUGUGAAGGAGGUUCAAGAGGACAUGGGAGAGUAGGAAUCUGCAUACCCUUUAUACUCGGUACCAUUGACAAGAUCAGCAUCAGAAGAUCAAAGGAGAGAGGUCGAGUGAGUGAUAUCAUCUAGUGCAGAGUGGAUUGAAACUUGUUCUUGUUCAUGCUUUCUGGUCUAUUGAGAAGACCAUUGCUUUGUGGCCGAUUCGUGAACUGAAGGGUGUGUGUAGAUUUGUCUUUUGUGUAUCUUAAUUCUUGCGGUUUAAGUGUUCCUCCAUAGGCCACUCUUACAUGGGAUUUUGAUUCCUUUUUCAUCACAUGGUUUCCUUGACAAGUUGAAUUGCAUCAAUGGGAGGAUAAUUGGUAGAAUUGCUCUAAUGUAAUUGAUUCGAUAAACAUUGAAACGAAAUUGAAGUUGCAUUUUCUAACGAAUACAUUACAUACUAACUGAGCGCAAAGAAAGGGAAAUUCUAAGGCAUAUUGGUGAAUUUGUCGACCCUCUUCAUCUUGGAGAAAUCAAAGUUCUUGAGGAGUUCUUGCUGCUGAAUCUCGUCGCUGGAAGGGAGACCCAUCUGCUUCUGGCGCUGGUCGAACAUCAUCUUCUCCACCGUCGACCUCAACUCCGGAUCCAAAUCACUCAGCCUGCUGGGCUCUGGCUCCACCUUCUGCGUAUCAAUCUCCGGCCCUCCCUUCACCAGCGACUUCCACCAAUUCUUGUCGUCCGAUUUCGUCAGCAAAACAGAGACCGUCUUCUGAUCUUCCAAUUGCCAGAAAGACUCGCCCACUUUCACUGGACCCAACAGUUCGCCGUCGAUAAUCAUCGUCGGCUCGCCCUUGAGCCCGAGCUUCAGAGACUUCUUCCUGAUCUCGCACGAAAUCUGCCUCGAUUUCGUCCCGGGAGGGACUGGGACAGUGAUCGUUACCUCUUGAAGGCUCUGCCCCCACGAAUACUUCUCCAAAUCGAGUCCAUUGCCGGCGUUCGGAAGAAGAGAAGUGGGUUCCUCCUUCUUCUCCGGCGGAGGGGAGUUGGGAAUUGGGUUGGUCUGCGUUUCGUCGAUGUCGGAGAGGAUCGCCAUGGCUGCUACUGUUAUUGCGUCUCAAGUUGAUUUGUGAGUUUGGGACUUGGAGGAUUCGAUGGGCGGAGAGGGGUAUUUAUCGGAGAAUUGUGGUCGGAGCUUUCCGAGUUUAAAGAGGAGAAGGAAAUCCGGUUCAAUUUUGGUAUCUGAUGAUCCAUUAUCAACGACGACAAAAACCACAUACGGCGUCGUUUGGGUAUAUCCACGCCUUAAACCCACCAGAGAGUCUCUGACCUCUCUUUAUCCAAAACCUAAAACCCUCGAAACGAAUAGAGAUCGCGAUGUCCGCCACCGCAGUCGCCAGGUCAGUCCUCCGUUUCACCGCCGUCAGGCCUGCCACCGCACGCCGAUUACCCUCCAGAGCUAGGCCGGCGUUCUCCACUUUCCCCGCUGCAAGGAGAACCCCUCAGCCUUCUCUUCGUAUUUCCAGGCCGAUGAGCUGUUUGGCUGACACAUUGCUUCCGUAUCACUCCGCCAACGCCUCCGCAUUGAUCAAUUCGAAGCUCUCCGUCUCUCGCUGCGCUUAUGUCUGGACUCUCGAUGGUGACUAAAUGGAUAAUUAGUUCUAUACCGUGAUGGAGAGUGUGCGCUAUCUUCGUUAUGUUUCAGAUGAGAUGGCGAGUUGUCGUUGAAGGCGUUUCAGGCGUUGAAUGACCAAAUUUAAAUAUUCGAAAGUUCCUAUGUUUAUACAAUUCAAUCUGGUUUCCAACUAGAAUUUGAGUUUUGGAACAGUUACCAAGUUUUAAUACUUGCAGUUGAAAUUUGAACUGCUUGUAUUCAUUCUCCUGUGAGAGGGAAGGAGUUGCAAUGUACUCAGCCUCACGUCGAGGCAUUAUUUAUCGAGUUGCAUCGAUCUAGGAAGAAUCAAUUAUAGCCUCUGCUGGGAGCUAGCUAUGUGCCCAUGUCAUUUGCAUAUAUGCCUCCCAAGUUCCAGCAAAACUGGAAAUUGGAAGCAUGCUGUUCAUAUCACUGUCCUCUGUGCAGUUUCUCAUGCCUAUGUCCGACGAUGCUGGUCUCUUCCUCUUGCUCUUAGCUGAACAGUCUUCCUUGGUUCUUACCCUCAUCGAUCUGCCUUAACUAUAUGGGUCGACACCGUGCCAAGAUGCUACUCAAUUCCGAUUUGGUCACAACGACACAGUGUACAUAGAUUCCUGCUGGAUCCCAAUCCUAGUUAUAACAUGCCAAUUGAAGAUUCAAUUACAAGUACUGCUUGUACGGAACGCAAUAAGAAGGCUACGAAAGGCCACAAAGAGUUAUAUGGAUACUUCAACCAUAUAAAGCCAGGAUAUCAACUAAACAAUAGAGGAUUCUACUAUUAACAAUUCUAACAACAAAUGUUACUCCAAGGCAAGCUUAAAAUACCAGAGACUGAACCAAUUUCAGGGAGGUUCCAUAUACCAAACCCAGUAAAGAGUCAUAGCAUUAACAUCCCACAACACAAUGGAACAAAACCAGAAAACUUUGAUCAGGCCUCUAAAGACUUACAUAUCUCCACUUAAGCAAAAAAAAAACCAGAAAAACCAUUAAAAAAACUCCAUCCCUAACAAGCACCACCCCUUGAAAAACAUCAGCUCUACUCAUCUGCAGCAACCGUCACCAGCUCAUACUCCACCAGCGACAUAUUGUUAUCAUCUUUUACCACGAAAUUAGCAGGUUCAGUGACUUCAAUGCGACCCCACUUGUCAACAGCUAGCCUCAUGGAACCUUUGAACAUGUCGAUCUUUGAGUUUCGGAUUAUGAUAGUGGUUUCAGGCUUCACCAAGUCAACUUGUUCGUUGCGGGCGGUAAGGAGGAUGGUCCCGGUCUCGUCGCCGACGAGGCACUCCGCGAUGCGAGUGUUGCGGAGGCGCUGAGACGCUGCCCGGCCCUUCUGCAAGACGGUGUUGGACGACAAAACCUUGACGAUCAGGUUGUUGUUCUGGGUCCCCGGCUUCAGCUGGUCGACUUUCACGAACACCGGCUUCUUCUUCUCCACCACCACCCCCGCGCCCUGCUGCUGCUGCUGCUGAUUCGAGUUCGCGACGGUCGCCAUUUGAUUCGAGCGCGAUAGAUUCAGAGGUCCUUCGUUUAUCCGGGAACUGGAAGGUAGCUAGCGAGGCGAAGUGUCGCCUUUUGGGAAAGGAAUGGAAAACCCUAGAUGGAUGGAAGGAAGG